AUGGCUUCAAUUGCUCGCAGCAUGAGGGCAAUCCGCCCCUCCGCCCUCUCCCAGAUCACCAAGGCCGCUCCCCGCGCCUACUUCCCGCGCCCGGCCGUCCGCUCCCUCUCCACAACCCCCAUUAGCUUAAUACGCAAGUACACCAAGGACCACGAGUGGGUCGACCUCAACGCCGACAAGAAGACGGGCGUCGUCGGCAUCUCCGAGUACGCGGCCGAGCAGCUGGGCGACGUCGUCUACGUCGAGCUCCCCGAGGAGGGCGCCCAGGUCGCCCGCGGCGACGCCAUCGGCGCCGUCGAGUCCGUCAAGAGCGCCGCCGACAUCAACGCCCCCAUCUCCUGCAAGGUCACCCACGUCAACAUCGGCCUCGAGGAGAAGCCCAGCACCAUCAACAAGGUCCCCGAGGACGACUCCCACGGCGGCGGCUGGAUCGCCAAGAUCGAGGUCGACGAGGAGGGCGUCAAGGAGCUCGAGUCCCUCAUGGACCCCGAGGAGUACAAGGCCUUCACCGCCGACCACUAG